UAACUCUCCUCAACAUCUCGUCUCUGGAUUAGGGUUUCCAACAUUGAUCGUGUGGCCUGGCCUCUGGGAUCAGUGUGGAUUACUUAAACUUGAUUACGACACAUAACUCCCAAAAGGGUUCUCUUUGUAGAGACUAGUCUUUUCUCCCUACGUGUCUUUUUAUCAAGAAGAAGAAUUGAAGGACGAAGAAGCCACUUCAGAGAAGGUUUGUUUUAAUAACAAUGGGGAAUAUCAGUGAGUUGCCUGAAGAUUUACUCCUGAGGAUAUUGUCAUUCGUUCCAACAAAAUAUAUUGUGGCGACGAGUCUUGUCUCAAAAAGUUGGAGAUGUCUCUGGACAAAGGUGUCUAGACUCACGUACGACUCGUGCGAGCUCGAGGGUCAGUAUGACCCUGUUAAGACUAGACGAUUCCGACAAUUUUUAAAAAAGUCUAUGCUUUUACAUCAGCCUCGUGCUCUUGAAACCCUGUACAUGGACUUUAGGCGACGUUCAUUGGGCAUAGAUAUUACACCGUGGAUUAGAACCGAUGUUCUAUGCAACCUACGAGAGCUCGAGGUUUAUGAUCGUAAUGGUCCUCAUGUAUCAUUCCGUUUGCCUUCUGUCUUGUUUACCUGCGAAAAACUUGUUGUCUUGAAACUCAGAUGCAUGAUCGACGUGCAACUUCCUUCGACGGUCUCUCUCCCAUCCCUCAAAACUCUGCACUUAAUUAAUUCCUUGUUCCUGCUCAACGACGAAUCCAUUCGUAUUAUUUUUUCCAGUUGCCCUCUAUUAUCCGACCUUAGACUGGACCAUCAUGUUAUGUCCAAUUUGCAUAUCGUAAUGCCUUCACUACAGAGAUUGACCAUCGUAACAGAUAGUGGCUACGAACCCUUGCCUAUUUUUCUGGAUCAUUAUAUUCCGAGUUUAGAGAUAAGCACUCCUUCUUUGAAGUACUUAAACAUCGAAGAUUCGGCGUCCACAUUCUGUGUAAGGGUUAGUAUCAGAUGUCCAUCGAACGUCGAGGAUACAAGCAUCUACCGUCGGAUGGUACAGUUGGAGCUGAGUAUGUGCGGAGGCGUGUAUGAAGAAUUGCUUAUACAUAUGCUCAAACGUUCUAUAAACUUAUCGGUUCUCAGGAUUAACAGUAAAUUCAAAACCUUGGAUUUGUGGAAGCAGCCUAGUUCUGUUCCUCCAUGUUUGCUUUCGAGUCUUCAAACUCUGGAGUGGAGAGGAUACAACGGGAGCUGCGCCGAAAUGGUGGUGGUGAGUUAUUUCCUGAAGCAUGCACUAUGUUUGAAAACGGCAAAAAUCACAACUGAAUCAUCUGACUUGUUCGAGAAGACGACGGGUUACUUACUUUCUAUGCCAAGAGGUUCUACAACUUGCCGGCUUGUGGUUGGAGUAAUGAAUUAAUGAAGUUGUGAGUAACAGAAAUCCAGUGGUUAUCAAUUCCUUGCGCAGAAAGUCAGAAAUUUAGUCUUCCUGUUUCUAAUGUUUUGCCUAAGAUCUCAACAAGUUGUUUUUU